GAUCUCGCCCUCAACAUGGCGUCGGGCAGCGGGACCAAGAACCUGGACUUCCGCCGGAAGUGGGACAAGGAUGAAUAUGAGAAGCUUGCAGAGAAGAGGCUCACAGAGGAGAGAGAAAAGAAAGAUGGCAAACCAACUCAGCCUGUCAAAAGGGAGCUGCUGCGGCACCGCGACUACAAGGUGGACCUGGAGUCGAAGCUGGGCAAGACCAUUGUCAUCACCAAAACCACCCCUCAGUCAGAGAUGGGAGGGUACUACUGCAAUGUCUGUGACUGUGUGGUGAAGGACUCCAUCAACUUCCUGGAUCACAUCAAUGGCAAGAAACACCAGAGAAACCUGGGCAUGUCCAUGCGAGUGGAGCGCUCCACGCUGGACCAGGUGAAGAAACGCUUUGAGGUGAACAAGAAGAAGAUGGAGGAGAAGCAGAAGGACUAUGACUUUGAGGAGAGGAUGAAGGAACUCCGUGAAGAGGAGGAGAAGGCCAAGGCCUACAAGAAGGAGAAGCAGAGGGAGAAGAAGAGGCGGGCGGAGGAGGAGCUGACGCUGGAGGAGGACGACGAGAUGGCAGCCGUCAUGGGCUUCUCUGGCUUCGGCUCCACCAAGAAGAGUCACUGAGCAGCUCAGGGCUCUCCUCUUGCCUGUUUUUACCCAAGGGACUCUGCAUAACUCUUACAAGGACUUGGCUGAGGACUGCUCCCCGAAGGUCCCGGUAGAAGUUGGCCGGAGGAGCGGAGAAGCGAUUCCGGUCCCUCCCCGUGCUGCAGAGCAAGCCCUGCCUGUCCUUAGCUCCCCAGCUCCUUCUGUGUCCUAGAUCUGGCUGCUCAGCACCGCUGCCUUUGUGUGUCACUGAGGUGCCACCACCCUGUGCAGGAGGCCUGGCUGGGGCUGACUCUGUCACCCUGGGCUCGCUGCUCCAGGCCCCAGCUGCUCUGCGCCUUCGCAGCGGUCGGGGUUUGGAUCACACACGGCAGGGAGCGGUGCUGAGCCCCCUGCCCUGCGUCCCUCUGGCUUGUGCUGAGCAGGGCUGGGCUGGGGCUGGGGUCUGCAUGGGGGUCUGGGUCACCUGAGCUUCCCUCUGUGCCUGCUGUGCACGGGGCAGCUCCCUGCUUUCCCUUGAGUUUCGUCCCAUGCCUGUGGUGAGCGGGAGAAGGGGGGCGUGCGGGUUGCCAGAAAUAAA